UUUGGCCGCUACACCUGCCAAGCCGGCAACAGAUACAAAAAACACUGCGCAAGGAAAUCAUUUGAAAUAAUGAUUCGAGGUAAGCAAACCAGGCUUAUCAUACCCAUAAUAAACAAUUAUUCCACUCGUGGUUGUUGGAUAAGCGAUGAUAGAUGGCCAACGAGGCUCAUAAUCAUCUGAUAUCCAACAAGUGUGAAUGGAAUAAUUUUCUGUACGUUGUGAAUGAAAGGACAGGUUUUGCAUCGUGAGCGAGCGUAUUUGGAAGUUUUAGGUUGGUCAUUGGUUUAAAAUGAACUUCUGACCAAAAAUUUGCCCAUGUUUUUGUCGCGUUUGAAUGAAAUUAAUGGAGGUUACGAAAAGAUAGUAUCAGUCUCUGAAUCGUUUUGAAGUAAGUUAAAGUUUUAAGAAUGAUAGAUCUAACUGUGCGGUUGCUAAGGUGAAAUGUGAGAGUGAAUGGAAUGCAAUCAAUAUUUUCCUUCUGAGCCGUUUGUAGUGCUGUCUGUAGAUCAAUUUGUUGGGCGCGUUGGAGGCCUGCUUGAACGAUAGAAACAGGGUAGCCACGUUUAUCGAAAAAAAUGGCACAUUGCCUCUGAUUUUUCGGAAAAAUCAGAGUCGUAACAACAUAAACGACGAAGUCUGAGAAACUGUGAAAAGGGACUGGCCGUUUUAUUGACAAAAAAAUUGGUGUUCGAUAAAACUUACGAAAAGAUUGGCGUGGCUGGGUCUCAUUUUAGUACCCAUGACCACAGCAUUAGUUUGUUUGUAGUAGUUGUACUAGAAAGAAUAUAUCGGUGAAACAGGUGGACGACUAGCCGACCCGGAUAUCGAGAACGCCUUCCGGAUUAUGAUUAUAAAAGUUUAAUGAAAUUGCUAUUUUUGAAACCUCGUAUUGGGCUGACUCACCAGUCCAAACCGUUUUUUAAUCAGAGCACAGGAAGUCGGUUUUUCGGAGCGUAUUUUUUGAUCUUUUACUGUCCGUCAUUAAUGAAGCACGUUCCAACCGCUUAGGAAGGGGCUUGGAAUCGAGUAAGCGGAAAUGACGUCAAAUUCUCGACUCGAAAUACACACUUUGGCUAAUUUCAAUAGAGCCGCUUGCAAGUAAAAACCCUACAAACUUGCAGUUCAGGCGGAAUCCUGAGGGAAAUGGUUGGCUGGCGGUGUGUCGUCGAAGGAUGCAGCAAUACUCCUGAUCAAGAAGUUGGAUUUUUUUAGUGCACGCUAGUCCUAAAAACAAGAGUGACCGCGACAAAUGUGUAAGAUUCGUGAGAACGCAUCGAGCCAAUUUCAGUCCUCUGGGACGACAAAGAUUGCUUCGAAAGGGGCCAUUAUGUAGAGGGUUCUCGACGUACGCCUCGUUCAGGCUCUGUAUCAACUAUUUGGCUGCAAAAAACCGCCCAGGAGCCUCCUUCUUCGAGAUCUGAGCGAAAACGUAAGAGGGUAAGUAGACACGUGCUUCUUGUUUGCAAGUAUACUUCACCAUUUAUAUAGUUAUAUUUCAAAAUUUACGACACUUUCUUAUUUAGGAGGUCAGCGACUUACUUUCCUUCAUUGGGACCAAGACAUUGUCUGUUGAUAAAGCAGAACUGGGAGAUCAUUUGAAAUAUGCUUCUGUAAGUAUCAUAGAUGAGGACGAUUGCAGACUCCAAGUAAGGCUCUAGAUCUAGCGAGGAUCAUUUUGAAUUCAUGUCACUGAAUAAUAUUUGUAUUUUAUAUACAAGUACGUGCAAACUAUUUCUUAACUACAUCUGUCUCUUUAGAAUUUCAUGCACAGUUACACUCCUCCGAUGGCUGGCCCUUCGCAUCUGCUGUUGGUGGUGACAUUGUAAGUUUUCCUUGUGUUAAGAGAUGAAAAUUAUAUUGAACAAUACUGAGAAAGCAUUUUGGCUUGCAGAAUGACUCAAAUUCCCGGGUAGCUGCUUCAGAUGCUUCAAAGAGUUUCUUGCCUAUGGUGACUAGUACACCAAACAUGGUAUUUACAGUAUAGAUGUUACCAGCCGAAGCUUUUCCUUUGAAAAAAAAAAUUUGUAUCCUGCUAUCAAGCUUACAUAUUCUGCCUCUGAUAACAUUCAUACUUCCCUAACAAGUAGAUUUCUUACCUACUGGCUGAAUAAUUUCAGCUUUAUGCUUGCUCAAAAACAAUAUCCUCUUUAACGAAAUAAAACAAAUUUUUGUUUGCAGAAUGUUACUGGUGAACAGAUACAUGGACCUACCUUGAAAAGUUUAACAGAUGAAAGCUGUCAGAGGGAUCUGAUGGAGACUAAUACUCCCAAAAAGGUGUCUUUUUAAUAGAGAUCUUAGAAGAUAAACCCGUGUUAUUUUUGGUAUUAACAUCUCUUCUAUCUGUUACUGUCAUUCUUAUCAGGUACCUGAUGUGGAGGAUAUCACUUCGGAGACAACACCUUAUUCUAGCUGUCCUGAGCUUGAAAGUUUGAAGAAAGAGAGGAAAAAGUUAAAGAGAAGGGAAAAGUCAGAGACCUAAAUGUUAAGAUAGGUCACUUGAAGGAUACAUUGCAGAAAAAUUAGGAGGACUGGGCAAUGCCAUUUAAGGAACUUGAGAACCAACAGCCAGCUCUAGUGACAUCAGGUGUGUUAAUUAUUACCUUCUCGUGGUUAUAGAGUUGUGCAGUCUCCUGUUAACAGAGGCUAUCGGUGACUACUUUCAAAACAUUUGAAAUUUACGUUAUCAAAUUAGUUGAUAAUACUUAAUUACCCUGUUAUACCCUCCCACCACCGCAGCACCACUCUCAGUUUCUUUAGAAACUCACCUCCUUUAUUCAUAUGCCUGACGUACUUCCCUCUGAGCACGAGAAUAUGGUCAUAAAUGGGUAUACGUAAGUCUCAAAGCAAUUUAUCUUGUCUGGCGCUAUGGUGGGAAAGACGGAAACAUGACAGAUGUAGCUGUAAAGAAGCUAUAAGGUAGGUACACGAAAUCGAAAUGGCUUCUUGCUAAUUCCUAAGUAAAGCCUUUCCUGAGCGGUAUACCUCUAAACUAAUUUUUCUUUCGGUGGUAAACAUCCAUAAAGUCUACUACUGUCUCCUCUGCACGCUUUCUGCAGCCUCAAUCAAGCCACUUUUUUCCAUACAUAAUUUUGAUACGAUAAGCGACCUAUGUAAAAUGAAGCAAUUUAAGAAGUUAUUCCCUUCUUUUUUCUCUGUCAUUAAAGGCCCUAGUGCCAUUGCCAAAGAAACCUUGCUUAAUGAGAUAAGGACCUUAAAGCAAGCUGGAAAACAUCCUAAUAUUGUCACUUUGAUUGGCACAAGGAUAGAGGGCGGUAAGUCAGUUUUCGACGAUGCAACGUCUUAGAAAUAUGCAUGUUUACUUGGUGAUUGACAGUAACAAGGUAAUGUUCAGCCGUCUGUAAUGUCAGUUAGAAUAGUGCAGGUACUGAACUUAUGAUUAAAGAAAGAUAAGAACAUUUCGCGCUGAGCUAAGUUCAGGGAAGUUCAUAUGGAAUUUUUUCCUUUACUUUUGGCCACCGACUAAACCUAAAAUACCAACGAAUCACCUUUUGAUCAACUCAAGGUGCUGAUAAUUCGUUCUCUUGUCAACUCUUAUGUGUUCGCUCAACUCUCGCAAGGAAACGUUCUUGUGGUCACUGAAUUGAUUCAUUGUGGCAGUCUUGAAAAUCAUUUCAGGGCGCUAGGGGAAAGGAACAAUUAUCAUAAUGUCUGCUGUAAGCUGAAUGACCGGCAGCUGGUCACAAUUGCAUUUCAGAUCGCCAUGGGAAUGCAGCACUUAGAGGAGAGAAAGGUAAGAUCCGCUAGCAAUGUGUAGAAAUAAAUGUAAAGGCAAAUUUGCCAACCUUCCAUUAGAGAUCACUACUCUCAAAAGAUUACAAACAGGUUAUGAUCUCUUGCUGCACUAAAUAUAACGCGGGCAGUUCGAGGUUUUAAAGUUCCUUAAGGAUACAUUCAGGAUCUUUUGCAUUUUGUUAUAGGCCACCCAAUCAUUGGCGAGCCUCUGUUAAGAAAAAUAUGUAUAAAUGCGGGCAAUCCCAGCUUGUAAAUUGGCUUCAGGACACAUUGAGGAUCCUUCGCACUUUCGUAUAGGCCACUCAAUUAGUGAGCGCCUCUAAGCAAAAAAAAUAUACAUUGUCUUCUCUUACAGUUUUUCCAUUGCGACCUAGCAGCGAGGAAUAUUUUUAGUCGAUGCCAACGUGGUGGCUAAAGUUGGAGACUUUGGAUUAGCCAGGGACAUAUCCGUUGCUGGAUUUGCACAAUAACCUCCAGGGUAGGCACGCUUUGCAAUCAAAGUCAAUGACUAAACAGAAAAAUUAAACAAACACGGAAACACUUAAAUUGAUGCUCUUCCUUGGUACAAUCGAGCAGAAGAAAUUAAUUUCUUCUAAUGAUAUAAUUUACGAUGAAACUCUCAUCGAGCUGUGUAUCAUGUGACACGUUUACUUAAUAAUCAUAAAAAUUACAAUUUCUUUCGAAUGUGAUUGAUGGAUUAGGCGCUUUAUAUUUCACAAAUUUUUCCGUUGAUGUAUAAUCGGAAAGUUGGAUGUAACUGGAGACCUGUAAUCGAACAGUUAAAGCAGCCAAUCCUACCAUCCCACUCAGCUAAAUCCACCAAACGCAGAAUUGAUUACAAUAACUACAGCGACAACCACUUACCCAACCAUCAGGGGAGUUUCGUGACAGACAAAUCGGACUCCCACUUUGUAGCCGUCCGAUUUUUAAAUCACUCGUAUGAUUACAGACCGAAUUGGACUCCACUCGGACUUAUUAUCAUUAUUAACUACGGGUUAGUUUCUAAACUUAUAAUAAUGUUAAUAACAAUAAUAACAACGGCCAUGGUUAUUAUUACUCUGGAUUUUACUAGAAAUUAAUAAUAAUUACAAACUAUCGUAUAUCUUAACGUCAGAAAGAACUCGCUUACUAUUAAUGAAUGCAUCCUUCUGUUUCAUAGGUCAUCCGCUUCCCAGUUUCAAAGGCAUUGCCAGCACCACAAAAAGUAGCUUGCUCAUAUGAAUCUAUCUUUUCAACAGGGCAAGGUUUCGUGCAGAUGGUCGUCGUUAAAAUCUCUACGAGAUCUGCAUUUUACAUCCAUGAGUGAUGUGUAAGUUUCAUUUUGUAUUUAAUACUGUCAGAUCUCUGUCUCUUGACUUCGAUUCGGAAGUAUUGCCUAGUGGAAAGGAUUUCCAAAUAAAAAAAAAACCUCUGCCUUACGCUCUAGUAUAUCCCUUGGAGCAUUAUUAUAGUUACACCUGGGCUUCCCUUUACGUUGUUUGUUCGUCUUCGUGUACAUGCCUGUUGUAUCUAUACCUAUCUGCAUUUUUGGACACACCUUGAGAACUUAUCAUGACUUAAGAAAUUCCUUCCUUCAAAUCAAGCAUCAUAUGCACAUAUCACCAGAUUGAAAUUAAUACCAGAGGCAAGGUCCACAUAAAAGGGAAGACUCAACGUCUUGAGUGAUGUAAAUAUCCAUUAAACACUAAAAGAAUACAAGGAGACUCGAUCUUUAAUCAAUUCAGCGCUAAUCAUUCGAACUCCUUAUUCUUUGAAGUUAUUAACCCUUUCACUCCCAAGAUCUCAUUGUUAAUUCUCCUUACUAUCUGCCAUACUAUUCUUUAGAUUUUAUUCGGAUAAUUUGAUAUGGGUUCAACUAAUUAUCUCCUUAUUAAUAUUUUUUUCAUCUCAUCACUUGCCUGCUUGAUAUUGUAUUGAUAUUGUAAGGAGAAAUUCUGUCUUGGUCACUUAUGGGAUUUAAAUUUGGUAUCGUUCUACGGGAAAUCACCACUUAUGGUAAGUGCGAUGUGUUAUUAGCUAUGUGCGACUUAAAACGACAUCCUAAGAACUGCGAAUCAUGUUCUCGUCAUGAGGCCCCAAUCCAUAAUGCAGCCCAAAGUUAGCAAGGCUCUUCUGUAAAGCUAACCAUAUAGACACAAGCAUCUUCUUGUAAAUGAUUAUUGUCAGUCAGACGAAACUGAACAAGAUGAGAAGACCGCUUCCAGGUAUAGGUUGUGCUCGUGCCAAACAUUUUAUACGUGAUAAAUCUUAUUUGUCACAUUACUGCACUUAAUUUUAUCGAUCUAAAUCAGACACAUAAAAUCUUCGCAAGUCUCUAUUUAUUUACAAAGUUAUUGCUGAAUUAUUGUCUUAAAUGAUAUUCUUUGAAAAUUGAAACGAUUAAAGCAUAUUUUCUUUCUGCCAAACAGGUGAGUUGCCAUACCCUGACAUCACAGGGCCAAUUGCCUUAGUAAGUCAACUUGCUUCGGGAUACCGGAUGCCUCGUCCCGACCUAUGUUCAGAAGAACUGUAAGCUCUAAAGUCUUAAAUAACGCCAGUAAAACUAAAUUAAAUCAUUUAAUAUGAAGACGGCUUCAAAUAAUGGAUGUUUACUUCCCGGAUUCUUUUAAAUUAAUUGAAAAGUGUUUUACUCUUCGAGCAAAGUCUCGCAAGAUCCGCUGACACAAUUUUCCUCGUUGAUCAAAACGAUGCAUUGAAUCAGUCGUGAUGAUUUAAAACAAUUUGUACAUCAAAUCAAAUGUCACAUUCGGCCAAUAAGUGAUCUUUCCGAUGAUCAUUGUCAUGAGUUCAAAAUCACCUCUUUGCACCCCUCUUCACGCUUGGUAUGGUCAAUUCAGAUGCUGAGAGUAUCAGCUGCGAGACAAUGUUAGCUAAUACUGUAUUGAAUUCUUAGAUAUGAGCUCCUGAGUUCUUGUUGAAAAGAAAAUCCUUUGAGGAGUCCAACCUUUUCGCAGAUCACCCAACAGCUGAAGAAUUUUUUGCGAGAAGUGAAGGUAAUUAAUGGCUGUAUUUAGAAGCUUUCUAUUUCUUCCCGUCCUUUCGCUCUUCUCAAAAUUAUAUCUGCCCUCUUCUUACUACUUCCAUUUAUUCAUCUUUGCUUCCCUUCACCUUUCCAUGGAUACCUCUGUCAUUCUGUCAGUCCUUCUGAUAAACCUCUUAUCUCCAACUGCAGCUAUCGAUCCAUCCAUUCGUACACAUAGUCAUCCAUCCACUUGCUUUUCCGUCUAUCUAUAUGACCUUAGCUUCUUUUCGUUCCUUCUUUUGCAUGUUCCUGAGUUCAUUCUUUGCUUAGAUUUAAUUCUUUUACAGUACAACAGUUAUUUAUAUCGUUAUUCUUAUUUUUUGUGACUAAUUUAUUCUAAUGAUUUAUUCUGGAGGACAUAUACAAACAUCACAGAGGUCAACGAUGGAGAAGCUUGACAAUGACACCCUGACGCUGAAGAAAACACCUCAUUUUAUUUGAUUAAUAAUAUAGGAAGAUAACUGCGAGAUCUCAAAUAAGCACAUCUAUGUAUAAGGUCUGAUAGUCAUGAUUAAAGCAAUUUUUUCUGAACCAG